UUGUUUGUCAUAUGCGAAGCGAAAGGAAGGAGUCGUUGAUCAUAUGGGGAACUAAUAAAUACCACAUUCCGUGGAAUUAACUCAACCAUUUAGUCUGCAAAUUAUAUCCAUGCCUAAUUUCCGUGUGCUGCCUUGAUGAUAAGGCUAUAGGCGAUAUCUUGCUAGUGUUUGUGGAGCUAUCUGUUAUCACUUUGCUAUCGGACUGCAGACGGCUGCUCUCCAAACACACCGCCUUUGCGGCGAUGACUACGGAUUUACUCUCUGAUUUGGACAGCCGAUUCUUCGCUGAUAACCUAUUGACAAGCGAAGACUGGGAUGCCUGCCUCUACCAGUGUGAGAGCAUGGAGGAGGGAGAUGACGGAGACUUCGGACGAGGGCUGAAAUAUGACUCAUCGUUUGACAACGACCUCUUGCUCACCCUCGACCCUGACAACCGCACAUCACCAUGGAGACAUCUCGAUGACAAUAUCCUCACAGGAGACGCACCGGUGAUCAAGAAUGAAAUGACGAUAACGGAGCCGCUACCUGUGGAAAUGUUAUUCCAGGUAAAAGCAGAGCCCCCUUCUCCUGCUUCCUCACUGGAGUCCGACUGUUCGGUAUCCUCACCCGACCCACAGAUCACAGUGAAAGGGGAGAACCCUCCAACUCCCCCGUACAUGUAUGGAGACGUGUUGUCGCCUCCACUUGGGACAAUGGAGGUAACUGUGGCAACAACAGGAGUACCCCCACCACAGACACAGAUUCCAACAGUCGCACAAACACAGCUGCAAGCGCCACUCACAUCUGUCCCAGCUGUCAUCAGUGGAAUUCAGACGCAGGCUGCAGUCCUGCCGAGCUCAGCAACAAUGAAGGCCAGCACCAUCCUGAGCACCAAACCGCCCAUCCAGCCCCGACCUGUGUGUGUAACCACCCUCCCCGUCCCACAGAACACGACACCAGCCAAGACCCUCAUCCUGCAGGGCCUCCCAUCCAUGGACCAGACCAGACCUGUCGUCCUCUCUCCGUCCGUCUGCCUCGGUUCAGCUCCGGCCAUCGUCAAAAUGGAGCCCGUCUCUCCCAGCAUGCCCCAGCACUGCGGCAGCCCGGCUGCCUCCGCCGCCAGCAAACCCAUCGUCCCGGCAACUACAACGUUACCGGGCAACAACUCCAGUGACAUUGAUAUGAAGGUCCUGAAACGGCAGCAGAGAAUGAUAAAGAAUCGGGAGUCUGCCUGCCAGUCCAGGAAGAAAAAGAAGGAGUAUCUGCAGAACUUGGAGGCUCAGCUGAGGGAAGCCCAGCAGGAGAACGAACGACUUCGGAGGGAGAACCAGGCUCUGAGGGAGAGGCUGGCCGGGAGAGAGGGUAGCGACGGUAACAAGAGAGCCGUGUGUGUGAUGGCUGUUCUGCUGUUCAUGACCUUCAGCUUCGGACCCGUCAGCAUCACAGACAGAAAGCUGUCGCCGGGUCUGCAGGAAGACGUGGUGACGUACACAGGCAGGCGGCUGCUGGAGAUGGAACAGCAAGAGGCAGCAGCUCAGCCUCUCGGCAAAGAAGACGACAAGACGGAGGCCGAGGAGGACGGAGGGGACGAGCGGUGGAAGAGAGGAGAGACUGAGAAAUACAUUGCAGAGUCGUAUCAGUACAGAAACCUGAGCGACAUGUUCAGCGACAUGAAGGACCUGGUCCUCCAGGACAUUGACCGUUACUUCACCUCCUCAGACUGCCGACAGUUUAACCGCUCGGAGUCUCUAAGGCUGGCAGACGAGUUGAGGGGUUGGGUCCAUCGACAUCAGAUCGACCGGAAGAAGUCCGGUGGGAAACCAAAAAUAGCCAAGAAAGCAAAGAUCGCCCAGCAGAAAGCUCAGCUGAGGAAGACCAACUUCUCCCGCUAUCUGCCGAUCCAGGCUCACCGCUCCAUAGAAAGUCAGCUGCAGGUGCUCCCGGGUCCUGAAGUCACCUACAGCGACUUCCUGGACGCCAUCGACCGCAGAGAGGACACCUUCUACGUGGUCUCUUUCAGACGGGACCACCUGUUGCUUCCCGCCAUCAGCCACAACAAAACCAGCCGGCCCAAGAUGUCUCUGGUCAUGCCGGCCAUGUCCGUUAACGAGAGUUUGUACAACUCGUCCCAGGGCUACGAGAUGAUGAUGCAGGUGGACUGUGAGGUCAUGGACACUCGGAUCGUUCCCAUCAAGUCGUCUGCAGUCCCGCCAUCUCUACGCGACCCACCCCCUCCUCCCCCGUCCUCGCACCACAACGCCCACCAUCACCACGGCAACAACACCUCCCUCCGUGGGCGGCACCAGCAGCACCACCCGCCCUCCUCCCAACCUUCAUCCUCCUCCUCCCCGUCAGCAGCAUCUCCACGGCAGCCUUUAGCCGCCCGCAGACGGACCCCCGAGUACUUCAUCGGCCAGUCAGAAGGAGUCUGAAGACGCGUUGCUAUGGCGAAGAUGAAUGUGAUGUUUCAAAUCACAAAGAGGCAAAGACGAUGUCUUCAAGAGUUAUCCGUGACAGCUUGCCCAGAAAACUAAUUCCAUGACACCUGAGAGAUUUUUAAUUAGUAAUUUAUACAUUAAAUGGUAGUGAUGGGAUGUAGUAAAGGGCUUCUUCAAACAUAUUGUCCUCGUGUAGGAAAAUGGCCCAAUGAUGAGCAGCGCAGAAAGGGCAGCGAGUGCCUCUUGACACCCCCUGCAACGCAAUUUCCUCAUAAUUAUUUUUGGCAGCUUAACAAACUCCCUUAUCUCACAAAAAACACAAAACAAUGCUUCCAGUCAAGUUUAAUUCUGUUCCCGUUCUUUCAGAGGGCUCGGUUAUACCUCUGAAACUAAAAUCAUCAGCAGCCUACAAUAACUACAGUCCAAUGUCUCCGUUUGUAUAUUUGUAUUAUUGUGGCUUUUCUUUCUUCUUUUCUUUUUUUUUAUCUAAAAAAAACCCACUGGAAACACUGAAGAGAAGAAGACAAACAGUUUGGUUUUGUUAAUGAUGCACAUCAAGAUUUGGUACUUUUAGUUUAAAUGUUAAGGGGCUGAUUUGAGAGGGUUUCAGGAUUUUGUUUUUGCUGCUUUUGGAUAAUUUUUGUAGUUGAAAACUUCAGCUACCUCAUGUUUUAUGCUCACUGCGACACCCAUCCAACACUUUAAAGAUCAGUACUAUUACAAAAAAAAAAACUACAACAGAUACAGUUUCCGCUAAAAUAUGAGAUGAGAAAGCCAUGAUGAAAUGAAAGCUUCCAUGUGUUUUUGUUUAAUUUGAGUAUAAAUGAACGAGGUCUCAUUUAUUAUUACCGACAGCUGCAGGGUGGGGAUCUUGUUGGCUUGAAGACAUAUACAUUUUGUCAGAUAUGCUGCCGUUAAGAGACAGGGAAGUUAAGCAGUUAGAAAUCAGAUCAUUUUUAAUAUAAAACUUUUUUUAACACAUAAAUAUAUAUAUAUAUAUAUAAUGGUGUUUUACAGUGUAAAUAUGAAACCGUUUGUUUUGUCUCGUUUAUUCUUGUUUCACCAGCUGAUGUGUGAAUAAGUCGGUGUUGGGUGGGCUGGUGCUGCACUUGUAGAGGUCUCAGAUACAGAACUAGAUCCCACAAUAAUAAAAACGGCUGAUUCUUCAACCAAUCCCACCAAUUCACCUGGCAGCAAAUUAAAACCAGCAAUUCAGCUCAUAAUUUCUGUGAUUAAAGGACACUUGAGCUCGUUUAGUAGCACCAUUUUUUAAAUUUUAUAUGUGUAUAUAUUUUUUUUAGCCCAUAAGCGAUGUCAAAAGCUUUCGUUAGUCCUCUGUAUCAGCUGUCACCCUUAUUCGUUUUUUUUAUUACUAUUUAAUAGUUGUAAAUAUUACUGUAGAUAUUUUUUCUUUUUUUUUCUUUUUUAUUUUCUAACAAAAAGUAAAAACGUGAUUAUAAACUUGUUUCUGUCGGAAGGUCCUUUCCUUCCUAUUUGCAUGCUUGGCGUCAUGGACCAAUAAGCCACACUUACUUUGCUAGUUAGAUGAUCCGUUCUGUUGUGAAAAAGAACACAAUACCAUUUUAAUAAUGAAGCCACUUGGACCCGGCACAUGUGACCUGUUUCUGUUCUCUUUUUUUCUUUUGUGACUAGCUUCAAAUUCACCAUUCAGACAAGAAGUAAAGCAAAUUAUUGAGCUGUUUCUUUGACCUUUGGAAAGCCAAACAACUCAACCAAAGCCUAAUUAUUUUCUGUUGAGGGUGUCUGAAAAGCUCUGAAUGAACCUUUGGUCAGAUUUGUGAAUAUUUUGUCACUUUCUCUACGCAAACAUCCUGUAAAUUUAGCUACGUCUUGUUUUUGUUUUUUGAUUUUUCUACCAGAUCUGAUCAUUUUAUAUGUAAAGAACUGCAAUGCUGAAACUGAACAUGAAGUGAAAUGUCCUUUUUUUUUUUUUGUUUAAAGGGUCUUGGUGAACACCACUGUUUAUCUGGAUUAUUAAAGGUUUAUAUGAGACUCUUU